GCGAAAGGAACAAUAAUAAUUAAUUACAAACGACCGGGACGACGACGACCAACAAUCGACAGCGAUCCAGUUGAGAAAAAAAAACUCCGAAAAAAACCAUAGAGAUGUCCAAAGCCCCAAAAUCCAAGCCCGGUCGCAGCGCCCUCGCCGAUGUCGUUGCCAGGGAGUACACCAUUCACUUGCACAAGCGUCUCCACGGUGUCUCCUUCAAGAAGCGCGCUCCCAAGGCGAUCAAGGAGAUUAAAGCUUUCGCUACUCAAUCUAUGGGCACUGAGGACGUCCGCCUUGCCCCGCAACUCAACAAGGAGGUCUGGAAGCGAGGAAUCAAGGGAGUUCCCUUCCGCCUGCGCGUGCGUAUCUCACGGAAGCGUAACGACGAGGAAGGGGCGAAGCACAGACUCUUCUCGUACGUUGAGGCUGUGAAUGUCAAGAACCCCAAGGGAAUGCAGACCACCGUUGUCGAUGAGCAGUAGUGGACUUGUUAUGUUGGUCUCUCGUUUUUUGCGGAACAUUUUCUUUCCCUUUUUUUUUUUCCCUUUAUUGAACCGGGGUUCAAAAAAAUAAAUUAUAGGGUUUCUUGUUGGGUUGGAGUUGAGUUUGGGGAUAUUAUACAACGUGGUCCGUAGCCUUG